UUCAGCGCGGGGGCCUCUGGUUGUGUAUUCCCUCUGACAAGCAACUAUGGGAUUAACAAACUAGUCCGGAGAUGUGUGUCUCCUUGGUCACCUAUGAAAACACUCUCCAUUAACCCUUCACACCACUGAAACUGUCUCAUUGUUCUGUACGACAGCUGAGUUUUUAUUACGGAAGAAUGUUAACAUCUGUGUCUUUGAGUAGAGCUGGAAAACCAACUUGCCCAGCUGAGCUAACCCGCUAGCCCCGUUAGCCUUCUCGGCUCGGCUCGACGACAUAAUAGGCUGCUGUGCUGCUGGGAACACGGUGUGCUCGUCGUGUCAGAUCAACCCAGCGCUAAUCGAGGAUAAUACCGGUGCUUUUCAGAUAGUAUCCUUGGUCUACUUUAUCAUUCCCGGUUGCCUUUUGUUGUGUAAUCAUCAGCCCUGACCGCAGGAUGGAGAGCCACUAGCUCACUGAGCCAGUCCCCGCAGUGUUAGCAGAGCUCUGCUCUCAUUGCGCCGGCUAUAAAUACACUGCUUGUCCCAUGCUCCUCAGUGCGCCUACAUAAGUGGUUAGCUUGUCCAUAUUGGACUUGUCUUCGACUUGUUUUCUGGACACCUUGCUCGGAGUUUGAGACUCUACAUGGUCACCACAGUGAGGUUAAGUCGACUGGAAGAGAGACCCCGAGGUUGUGAGCCCUGCUGGCCUGGUCUAACGUUACAUGGUGCCGGCUGCUGGGCUUCAGGUCUCCAGGUGAACCAAACUCGGCUUUGGCUGAUCGGUGGCCGAAUAUCAUUUUGCCCCAAUGGCCUUGUUCUGUCAUCAGUAGUCAUAUAAACAAACCUUGGUCCAGCCCAGGUUUGAAGGACCGAAACUUUGUGAAGGUCAGAGAGAAAAACGCUUUGUUGUCUACUGUCAACUGUGUGAGAUCAGCGAGGCAGACUUCAUCUGUCCAGAGCACAGCACCAUGUCGGAGGAUAACAACGCAGACAAGUUCAUCAAGGAGACCUCCAUUCUAGACGAGUACAACAUAAACUGGACACAGAAGUUGGGAGCCGGCAUCAGUGGACCUGUCAGAGUUUGUGUGAAGAAGUCAUCUCAGGAACGCCUGGCCCUGAAGAUCCUCAUUGAUCGCCCCAAGGCCAGGAAUGAGGUGCGUCUCCAUAUGAUGUGUGCCAACCACCCAAACAUAGUGCAAAUCCUGGAGGUUUACGCCAAUAGUGUCCAGUUUCCGCAUGAGUCCAGCCCGAGAGCGAGGCUCCUGAUUGUUAUGGAGAUGAUGGAGGGUGGAGAGCUGUUCCACAGAAUCAGUCAGCACAGGCACUUUACUGAAAAGAUGGCCAGUCAGGUCACUAAACAGAUCAGUCAAGCCUUGGAACAUUGUCACUCCCUAAAUAUUGCACAUCGUGACCUGAAGCCAGAGAACCUGCUCUUUAAGGAUAACUCUCUGGAUGCACCUGUGAAGUUGUGUGACUUUGGCUUUGCCAAAAUUGAUCAAGGAGACUUGAUGACUCCUCAGUUCACUCCCUACUACGUAGCACCUCAGGUACUUGAGGCUCAAAGAAGACACCAGAAGGAAAAGUCUGGAAUUAUACCUACCUCACCCACUCCUUAUACCUAUAACAAGAGCUGUGACUUGUGGUCCCUCGGUGUGAUCAUUUACGUGAUGCUGUGUGGCUAUCCUCCGUUCUACUCCAAGCACCACAGUCGCACCAUCCCAAAGGACAUGAGGAAGAAGAUUAUGACGGGCAGCUUUGACUUCCCUGAAGAUGAGUGGAGCCAGAUCUCUGAGAUGGCCAAGGACAUCGUACGCAAGCUGCUGAAGGUGAAGCCAGAGGAGAGGCUGACUAUUGAGGGAGUCUUAGAUCACCCUUGGCUCAACUGCACCGAGGCCCUCGACAACGUGCUGCCCUCUGCCCAGAUGAUGAUGGAUAAGGCGGUAGUCGCAGGUAUCCAGCAGGCCCACGCAGAGCAGCUGGCCAACAUGAGAAUUCAGGAUCUGAACGUCAGCCUGAAGCCUCUAAACUCUGUCAACAACCCAAUCCUCAGGAAGCGGAAACUACUAGGCCCCAAGCCCAGUGACGGUUUCUUCAUUCAUGACCCAGAGAACGGAGGGGAAGACUCCAACGUAGCGCUGGAAAAAUUGCGAGACGUCAUUGCACAGUGUAUACUACCACAAGCUGGAGAGAACGAGGAUGAGAAGCUGAAUGAGGUGAUGUAUGAAGCCUGGAGGUUCAACAGAGACUGUAAACAGCUGAGAGACGGCCUGCAGGGGCUCAGCUGGGACGGGCGAUCUUUCUCCGAUAAAGUCGACCGCUUGAAGUUGGCUGAAAUAGUGAAACAGGCCAUCGAAGAGAAGACGAAUCUCCAAGAAUCUCAUUAGCAAACGCUGUCUUUCUAUCUUCUUUUUAUAUUGUUUAUUAUGACCCUUUUUAACCCAUAUCUGUAAAGAGGCUUUUUUAUGUAAAAUGAUGCGCUAAUUUUUUUGUUUUUUUUCAUGAAUUCACUUGCAAGACCUAUUGUACAGCUGUAGAUAUAUUUCAAAGAGGACUCAUUGGUACUAUACUUUUUUUUAAUGGAAACUUGCAAAGAACAUUGAAAAAAAAACUAUAUUUUCAUUUUUGGAAAAAAGAGAAAAGAGAAAAAUCAUUUAAAGAAAUUAUUUUCUGGGAGGGAAUUUUUAUCAGCUGCUUGUCCAAGGCAUCACGUAUUAUCCCAGUUAUUUCAUUUUAUUCUGUUUUUAUUUUCUUUUAACUAUCCUAAGAUUUGUAUUUAUUUAAACAAAGAUUUCCAUUAUUUUAUACUUGUAGCCUGGCAGAGGGCUCUAAAGUCGAGAGAAGCUGUCUACGGUGUGACUUUGUUCUUCCACACACUCUCUGAUUCUCAGACUGCGUUUAAAUUAUAUCAAUCUUUGUUGUUGUGUAACUUUUUGUUGUGUAGAAGUAAAGGCCGAAUGGAAAUGUAGGUAAAAGAAAGUGUCAUGAAAUAGACAAAUGCAGCCGGAAAUUAAAUUCGUCACAACCCC